UUUGUGUCUGGAUAUCCUCCCAUUCAAAUCUAAAUUAAUUGAUCAAAAUUGGUGCGAUUCGUUGGUUGUUUGAUGUAGUCUCUCACGUCACAUGCUGUUUGUGUUGCCUGUUUUUACAAUAGCUUCGUUUAUAAUGCUUAAUGUUUAUGCGAGAGAGCUUAAUUGGAAUAUUAUCUACGUCACGAUACUCGUUCCUCUUUACUUUAUCUUCUGCUAAGUGACAACGAAAAUGGCGUUGCUAUAGUAACAAAUACCUUUAAUGUACUGACCUUCAUGCCUGAGUGAAAUGAAAAAUAAAUAAAUCAUCUUUAUAUUUCACAAGAAAAUGCAGCCAGCUGGUUUUUGUAAAACAAUGAAGAAGUGUGCUUGGAAGCUCAUGUUCUAAAGGCCUCCUCUGCCAGACCCUCUGCUCUGCCUGCCUAUCUACCUGUCGUCCUGCCAGUUUCGGCAGACUACGCCAACCCAAUGUCAGGGAACGGCUAUACCCCUGUCACCUAUUAUAAUGGCUGUCCAGAUGGCAGUGUAUCACCCAUUCAUUCACAAACUGGUGAACCAAAGUCAGUCCAGGUUCUUGACAUUAGCCAGCCCUUGUCCUAUGAUUCGUUUAUUCAUACUGAUUCUCGGCACCAUUACAUGAGGCAUAUUGACCCUGUUUAUCCAAUUAUGAGAAAAGAUGAUGGCAGGGUAGAGCGGAAGGCCUGGGAAUUUGACACAAGCUCAUUGGACAGAGAAGAUAAAACGAUGCUUUGCUCCCCAAAUAAUCCCAUCAAAUUAGAACCAGAAAGAUAUGAUCGAGACCUUGACAACUCAUGGGUCAACACUUUGGAGCUGACUAGAUUACAGUAUGAUUCUUCCAUUGCUAGUCGAAAUGACACAAAGCUGAGUAUGAAUACCAUACCUGUUUCUCCAUAUUUGCAAGUGGCUGAGAGGUUUGUGAACGAAUUGAGUGAACACAAGGAUUCGUUUGUUGAGUCUUCAGUUGAUGGAAACCACACCCAGGUAGAAAUCAGUACUUUGCUACCCUCGAGUGUGAUCACUUCAGAGCAGGGAGGGCUGGCAGAGGAUAUGAGUGUGAGUCCUAAGCCAGACCAUGAACACAGACCUGUGUUGGAGGAAGAUGGAAGCAAUCUGACAUCGACAUCACCAUAUCCAAUCAGUAUAUACACAGGAGUGGGCCCAAGUACAACCUCUGUGAAUUCUGAAGCUAGUGUCAUUACAAUUAAUGUGCAUAGUCGUACCACCAACAUCCAAAUCAACGAUUAUGGCCAAGAUAUUAACCAGGAUACAUCACAUGAAUUGAGUCCUAACUCAAGUUCGAAUCCUUCCAUCCAAGAACCUCCAGUGGAAAGAUUUGCAUGCAAUGCAUGUGAUAAAGUAUUUGCAAGCAGAAACAAAUUGUCUAUGCACAAGCGAACCCAUAGGAAAAAAUUGAAAGUUCAACAAAAAACAACCAAUGAUCCCUCCAGUUCAGGAGAGUCGCUGAAUGAAGUUAGCACCUCAUCUCAGGAUCAAAAACUCUCAACUGAGAAUGACGGCAGCAUGUUUAUUUGCUCCACAUGUGGCAGAGGAUUUCGUCUUAAAAUGGCUUUGGCCUGCCAUAUGCGUUACCAUGCAGAAGAACGAGCAUUUACCUGCACUGAUUGUAAUCAGACCUUCUCCAGUCGCUGGGUGAGGAGCCCUCAGCUGUGUGACAAAUGCAGACAUGGUCCAGGGGCCAAACCUGUUCCUAAACCUUGCAGGUGCGAUCGAUGUGGGAAAUGCUUCAAAGAUGCCCGUUUACUGCGAGACCAUACACGUUCCCACACAGGGGAACGCCCCUUCGCAUGCCAAGUAUGUGGCAAGACCUUUGCGCAGUCAGGCACAUUGUAUCGUCAUAAGCAAGUACAUAGUGAUAGUAGGCCUUAUCGUUGUACUCAGUGCAACAAAUCAUACAAGCUGAAAGGCCACCUUACAGUGCAUGUCAAAUCUCACACAAUGUAGUUUGCUGUCAUUUUUCGGUUUUUGAUUAGAGUACCAUAUUUAUGCUGUGAUUGUCAGCUAACUAAACUGUGAUUGUCCAUUACUGGAGAAGUUGAGCUGUGAUUGGUUUAUGUGGAGUGUUGAUGGAUAUGGGGUGUGUGCCUGCAUCACUGGUGCUCUCGUUCUUUCAUAUCGGGCAGACCAAAUAAGAAUGGGUAGGGAUGUUCUUUGGUAUGGAUAUUUUUCUUGUCAGUGCUUUACUCUUUUCUAUUCGUGUUGUAUCUUUCUUUCAUUUUCAUGCCAUGGGGACCAAUAGGGAGGUGCUGCUUUAUGCUCACAUAGAUCAGCAAAGCUUGGAAAGAGAAUUCCGUUAAUUUCAGGCUACACCUUAGAUUAAUUUGCUGUUUAACUGUUACCAGGGCAAGAAAAAAUUUGCACCUAUGUUGUUUUUAGUUUUUUAUUAUUUUCUUUCUGCAGUACUCUGCUUUUUAUUUAAGUUUUUUCUUGUUGCAUACUUUUCUUACUUUUUUUUUACCUGUUAGGUAUGAUGAUGUAGUCUUGGAAACAGUAAGUUACCGGUACCAAACCUACUUAAAAUGAAACGUAUGAAAAAUGGGGAAAUGCUCAAGAUCUCAGUCAGAGAGAGCUGAUGUUAGUGCACUAGUGAACAGGCUGUCACCGUACAGCAGUCAGGGAGCCAUAUUUUGCUAUGGUCAUUGAUAGAGGAUCUGUGAUGGUUAUGGUUACCGCUCUAAGGUUUAUAUCUUCGGCCAACACAUUAGGGAUGUUGACCUGUGAUAAUGUUCCACAAAUUUUGCUGUGAAAGAGAGUAAGUCAUAAGAGGUUGAAGCAGGAUUGUGAUAGUAAGUUUACUGCUGGCUAGCAAAAGUAUCAUUUAAAUUGGCCAUGAUGUGUAUAAAAGUGGCUGUGUUGUAUUUCAGCACCAAGUAUUCCAUUCAGCUUGCAGAUUUGAGAUAACUUUUUUCUCUCUUUAAUUAACAUUAACGUAGUAACCUAGCUUAUUGGAGUGCAAGAAAGCUGAUAAAAUGCAAGUUUACAACGUAAGUUGUACUAAUAGGUUUUUUGAAUGAAAUGUUUAUAUUUAUAUGCUGAUAUCUUUUUAACAUCACUAGUGUUUUCAAAAUCAAAACAUAUGUGUGUUUUACCCUACACAACAGAAGCUUUUAGUAAACUCUUGAUACAGUGCUGGGAACAGUGUUGAGGUGUUUUUUAAUUAACAUGAAAAGUUUUGAAUGGGAAAAAUAUGUUGUUUUGUUUUUGUUUCUUUCAAAGGCAAAGACUGGAGUGAGAUAUUUUUCAUAAAACAAUAUUCUCUUGGUGUACUGUGGACCUUGCACAUUGCUCAUUUGACAAAUUAUUUCUGUUUAAAAUCUAUUGCGGCCAAUCAUAAAUUUGUGUGGAUUUUGAGGCUCAGUUGCUGUGGAAUAAGCUUGCUUGCAAUCUACAUCAUUGACUUCAGAUUUUACAGAAUAGCUUUUCUGCUGCCUUUCUCAUCUAAUUUUAAGUAACGUCUUAAUUCAUAUUUAGGGAACCUCUUUUUUUUUUAAUAAUCAAGUGAAAAAAAAAAAGGCUGCAAGUACUUCUGUGACUAAUUUGUCAUGCAGGUAUGGGUAGAGCUUCAGUUUCAAAAAGGCUAUCAGUGCUUUCAAAUACUGAAAACUGUUCUGUUUUGUUUCAUUUCACUCAGUUUUCAUUAAAAGGCAAUGUGUGGGAGAAUGCUCUGGUGAUGACGAGCUAGUAACAAGGUUGCUUUUCAAAAAUAAUGGAAACAAUGUGCACAAUUGCACUAGUUAUAAAUUGUCCACAUUUCUCCCUUCCUUUCUUUCCUUCUUUCUUUUUUCUUUUUACUAUGGCAACAAGACAUAGUGUCAGAAAAAUGUUUGAAACUGUGCCUUCAAAAUUAAAGACAAAAAAAAUCAACAAAAAAAAACAACACACAUUUGAUACAAAAGUAAUAUGUUGCGACUGAUGUUUUGUGAUGGAUUAUGUAAUGAUUGUGAUAGUAAAGUUGAGAAUGGAAUGCAUAUUUGUGUGGUUUUGUGCUAAGCUAUGAGCUACCCUAUUAACACCACUAAUACUGCCAAAGUUGUCUUAUGCUGUAUUGACUUCCUUGCUAGAUUUUGUUAAUUUCUGAGCCAAACCAUUCAUGCCUAAAUGAGUCAUAGCUGACACUGAUUUUUAUACCAUGUAUUUUAUAUGAAGGUGCUAAUAAAUUUUGUCUUUCUCGAAGGUUAAGUGGUGUGUUAGGAUUUUAAAAAAUCUAUGGAAGUGAUAUGUAACUUAGAUUAAUCCCCAGGCUUUUUCUCAUUUAUGUUUUUUGUUUUCAUUUCAGUAUGAUAUACCUUUUUUUGGAACUGUCUUUUUUUUCUCUCUCUGAUUUGUUCGCCCAUAUUUGUUGUAUAAUAUUAGUAACUGAACACUUACCUGGUAUGUAGGUUUGUAUGUAUGUAGAUUUGUAUGCGUGGCUAGUCAAUAAUGUGGAAGGUAAAUACUGAAUAGAUGUUUAGUUAUUUGGUGGGGAUGUCUAACAGUGGAGGCAGACAUAUUACUGGCUGUGUUGGUUUUAUUGAGAGGGACAAUUUAGAAGAAUUCUGGUUUUGAUCUUGCCUUACACAUUUGUGAUUUGCUGUUCGUAGCUGUUAAAUGGCCGCUAAUUUUCGCUUUGUAGUUUGCAUCUUCUAUAGCUGUCCCUUCUUUGAGACGUUUCUCCUGUUAUAAUUUUUCUAUUUUAAGUUUGCUUUGACAUCAAACAACUUCCAUGCUAGACAAACCUCAGGAAGUAUAAUUAUCUGUAAAUGCACGGUACCCAUUUAUUGUGUUGUUUGAAUUAGAGCUAACAAUUUUGAUUUUAUCUUGUUGCAUAAAUUCUGAUGUCCUAAGAAGUUUCACUUUCAAUUUGGUGGAGAUGCAAAAGAUGCAUUAGAAUGCAGCAAAUUUGAGCUACUUCUUUUCAGUGUUUUACCAUUCCAAUGAUGGCCAUUUCAUUUUGGAAUUGCCAUGGUACAUUUCUGACUUUUGCUCUCCCUCUCUUUGUAACAAUGUUUUGCUUGUUUAAGAUACUUACACUUCUCUGAUACAUUGAAGAUUUCUUCCUUGUAUUCUAUUUCAAGAGGAUGUCAACAAAAUCCUUUUGUCUAGUGUUUAAAAUAAUGUGGAAUCUGCCUCAUUGGAUUGCUAUUAGUACCACAUGCUGAAUUUUUCUCCGCUUAAAACACUGUGGCUCAAUAAUUGGUUACUUCUUUUUCCUUGCGCUUUCCAGGUUAACUAUGAUGUAAACUUUUGGCUGUGUCAUUGAAUGCCACAUUAUGUGUGAUAUUUUGGAAUAUUCAGAUGUUAGUUAGCUUACCAGAUUCUUUCCUUUAACCAAAACAUAAUUGAAACUCUUAGUGUCCUACGCUAUGUAGUCGUGUUUCUUUCCACUGGUUUCUUUCCACUGGUUGUAAGUCAUUCUUGCUGCCUUUGAAAACAUAUCUCAUUGCUCCUGUUUAAACUAAAAAUACUAAUACCUGUAAUACAAAGAGGGUAGCAUCUGUCUUUUUCUUCAGUUCAUUUUGAAAAAAUGCAGUAAGACUGGAACGCUGAUGCCUGUCGGAACUGAUUCUUAGAAACUUGAUGGUAGUCCUUGUACUCUUCAUGUAGCAAAGACUUUCUACUUUACUUUUUACUGAUCUGCAACACUGUUGGAAUUCUUGGCGAUUGUUCCCUGGUCUCCCUGGUUCAAACUGCUACAUCUUUCAUUUUAAGUGAACUACUAUGCUUUCGUUUAAUGUCCUUAUAAUUACAUAUUUUUCCAACACUGGAUAUUAUGAGUUUUUAUUUGUUAUGUGAUAAUAAGUGUAUCAUUUCAAGUUGCUUAAGUGUUACAAAUACUUCCGGAUGUACGUUUAUGUUUUGUAGCGGAGGAGUUUUAGUUCACUCGGCUGUUCAUGUAAUCACCACUUAGGAAAAAGAAAUCUUACCUUUUAAGUUGUGGUGGAAGAGGGUUUUAAACUUGGUUCAUGCUUGUUUGUUUUGGUUAUGGUUUGGGAAUGGUUUGAAGAUGUGGUCAUAAGUUACUGUGGUACCUUAGACCUAGCGAAGUUCAUUCAAUAAUCAUCGCUGGCUUUGACCAUUUCCCUUGUUGAACCUAGUAUAAACAACACAUUUUGCUUGACAUCACAUCUUUCAAAACCUGACAUAAUGAAAUAUAGGUCUUUUAAUCACUAGUGCUGAUGUUCAAUGAAACUCAAAUGCGUUUUUAGUUUUGUGUUCUAAUGAGUAAUUUGGCUUGGUUAUUUAGUUACUACAUGGGCCCUUAAAUGUUAAAAAACGAUAACUUAAAAAAAAGCUGCAUGUAAACCUAUGAAAUAGUCUUACUCUUCAGUGCUCAAUGUGUUGUACAAGCUUUGAAUCAAAUUUAUAAAUGUUAUUUGUUUUUCUUUUAAAUACCUCAAAGUAGGAAUGCUUUAUAGUCAUUGAUGUUUUGUAGAUGCUUUGUUUUGUUAACCAGUUAUUAGUGUGAUCAUAGUACCUCCUCAUGCUUUUAUUGUACAUAAUUAAGAUUUUUUUUUCCAGAUGGAUUUAUGUUACUUGUAGAUUGUAAUUUUAUCUGUAAAAUGAGAUGUAUGAAAAUAAAGUUUAAUCUUUAGUAGCUGUGUGCUUUUACCCAAUUGAGUGUAGUAAAACAAUGAGCCAUAUACCAGUGCUGUAUGUUAUUCUCUUGAAUUUUUAUGUUAACCAAGUUAGCGCAUUCAGUUUAAAAAAAUAAAUAAAUAAAAGAAAUGAUAGAUGUGCUAAUUUCUUGUGGCUCUGAAAAUGUUCAAAAUCUUUUGCAGUUUUCUUUUCGUUAAGAUAUUUCGAUCAGUUUAUACAAUAUGUAUAAAAGCUGUGGUGAAUGUAUACAUGUGCUGUUGUAAUUGUCAUUACAAAAUGCAACAUUGGUGGAUGAUAGCACUUAAAAAAUAUUGAUUAAAAUGAUUUGUCUUGUGUGCUUGGAAAAUGUGAUAUGCAACAUAUUCUGUUAUUUCUAUGUCUGUCAAUGGAUCUAUUUACCUCCUCAUUUCCAUGGAAAAAAAAAUACAAAAACUGGAAGUAAGUA